AUGGGCUGACGGGAAACACAGCUCGGGACUCAACAGCUUGUUGUUCGCGCAUCGCGUCGCAAGCCCGGGCGAGAAGGAAGCAAGACGCCUCGUCGAAUCAACCCACGAAGCUCUCGAGCUGGAUUUACUCAAAUAAGGAAGGAAGGAAGGAAGAUGAAGGCAGCCGACGAGCCUGCCUACCUGACCGUGGGCACCGACGUGAGCGCCAAGUACCGAGGGGCCUUCUGCGAGGCCAAGAUCAAGAUUGUCAAGAGGCUGGUGAAGGUCAAAGUGACUCUGAAAGGUGACAGCACCAGCCAGGUGGUCCACGAUGACCAGGUCAAAGGCGCCCUCAGGGUGGGCUCCACGGUGGAGGUGAAGACGAGCGAGGGUGUGUGCGGCGAGGCCGUCAUCGGCAAGCUGACGGACGCCAGCCUCUACACCGUCGUUUUCGACGACGGAGACGAGAAGACGCUGCGGCGGUCUUCUUUGUGUCUGAAAGGCGAGCGACACUUUGCGGAGAGCGAGACGCUGGACCAGCUCCCCCUGACCAACCCGGAACACUUUGGCACUCCGGUCAUCGGAAAGAAGUCCAACCGCGGACGUCGGUCCUCGCAGGCUGUGGCGGACGAGGAGAACGAGUCGUCGUCCAGCGAAGACGACGAGGACGAGCGCGGGAGGCUGAACGACGAGCUUCUGGGGAAAGUCUGCAGCAUCAAGAAGGAAGACCAGCCUUCGUCCUGGUUCCUGGCGCUGGUGGUGUCUCCCAGCUGCAAUGACGAGUUGGUGGUGAAGAAGGAUCAAUGUCUGGUCAGGUCCUUCAGCGACUCCAAGUUCUGCACGGUGGCCCGGAGGAACGUGCACCCCCUCAACUCCAUCAGCAUCAACAAGUCGGAGCUCUCCAACACGCGCGGCUUUGAAGCAGCUCAGAGAUUCGCCAGGCGCAGGGAGGUCCCAGAGGCGUGGAAGAUGGACAUGAGUCAAAUCUUGGACUCGUCCUCCAGCGACGAAGAGGUCGACGACGAGGAGGAGGAGGAGGAGGAGAAAGCGAGCGAAGACGACGACGUGGACGAGGAGGAGAAGAGGAAGAAGCUCAUUAAAGAGGAGCCGGAGGAGGAGCCGGACCCGGAGGAGCGAGAUCAUUUCCUGCAGCAGCUCUACAAGUUCAUGGAGGACCGAGGGACGCCCAUCAACAAGCCUCCGGUCUUGGGCUACAAGGACUUGAACCUGUUCAAGCUCUUCCGUCUGGUCUUCCAACAUGGCGGCUGCCGCAAGAUUGAGAGCGGCACAGUGUGGAAGCAGAUCUACAUGGAUUUGGGCAUCCCCAUCCUCAACUCGGCAGCCUCGUACAACGUGAAGACCGCGUACAAGAAGUACCUGUUCGGCUUCGAGGAGUACUGCCGCUCCGCCUGCAUCACCUUCAGGACCGUCCACCACAACAACCCGCGCGCCCCCAAACUGCACACCAUUCCCAGGAGCACCGGGCCCGAGUUCGCCUCGGCCGCGCUGAAGGGGGAGGCCGAGGGCGCCGCCGCCUCUGCCGAGUCCGAGAGCGAAAGCGACAAGGACGAGCUGAAGGACAGACAGGCGUCGCCCAGGGGGAGGAGGCGAUGCGGCGCCGCGGCGGCCAAGACGGAAGCGCCCAACAAGGGAGGAGACGACAACGGCGACGCGCGACGGAGCAGCCGCCGGCGCCCGGACGGCUCCGACAGGGGCUCUGAGGAAGACGAAGACGACGAAGAGGAGGAGGAGGAGGAGGAUGAUGAGUUUGAAGAGCGGGAGAGGCGACUCGGAGCCAGGAGCGAGGACGAGGAGGAGGAGGAGGAGGAGGAGGAGGAGGAGGAUAGCGACGCCGUGACGGGGACGAAGGUCAGGGUGAAGUACGGCCGAGGAAAGACGCAAAAGAUCUACGAGGCUCACAUCAAGAAGACGGACACCGACAACGGAGAACCCUUCUACCUGGUGCACUACUACGGCUGGAACGUCAGGUACGACGAAUGGGUGAAGGCCGACCGCAUCAUCUGGCCGGCCGACAAAGGAACCAGGAAGAGAACCAGGAAGAAGGUGAAGAACAAAGAGGAGGCCGACAAAGAGGAGGACAAGGUCCGGGCGCCGCCGACGCCGCCGAAGCCCGCGGGGGCCAAGCGAGGGCGCCCCCAGAUCCGGACGCCGCCCGGGCGUAAGACGCCCGGCGGCGAGGGGCGGUCCAACGGCAAGAGCGUCCGCACGGAGACGCCGCCCGACAUGGCCAACGGCGACAACUCGUCACGCAUCAGGAGGACCAGGAGGACGUCCGGGAUGUACGACUCGGACCGCGCCUCAAACGAGGAUUCCGGGAACUCGACAGUUGACAGCGAGUCAGAAGAGCCGCCCGACAAGAAGCUGUCGCCGUGGCGAGGGAGGCCCGAGAAGGAGGAAGAGGAGAGCUCGUCCGAGGCGAAGGAGGGGGAGCCCGGCGAGCCGAUCGUCACGGCGACCGGUCGGCGACCCGAGGACACCGCCCGGGUCGCCGAUCCCUCCGAAGAGACGGAGGACCCGGCUCCCGAAACGGAGGACGAGGUCGGAGGUGAACGGGAAGUCGUCGCUAAGACGGAGAAAGUGUCCCCGCCCUCUUCCCCGGGCGUGGCGUCCCCUCAGCCCGACGAGCCGCAGGAGGCGCCCCCUGCCCCGUCAGUAGACCCCAAGACUCCGCCUUUGUCGCCACCCGCAGUCAAAGUUCACAACUGCGAAACGCCGCCUAAAAUCUCCAGUCCGCCCACCGCCCUGAGUCCUGAACCUCCGCCUACCCCUCCUGCUCAAAGUGUCCCAAAGAGAGCGGAUGAACCAAUGGUGGUCCUCCGUUGCCUCCCUCCACCGCGCCACCGCCCAGAACCCCCGGUCUCGGCCCCCGCCCCGACUCCGGCCUCUGCCGCCGCCCCCUCGGACACUGACUCCGCCAGCGAGGAGGAGGAAGAAAAACCGGAGCUGAAGCUCUCCCCUGAUAGGAAGCAGGAAGAGGAUACACCCACCUCCCCUAAGUCUUUGGCCAGUCCCACCAAAGUUGGCUCCGCCGUGUCCCCAGAGUCCCUCCCGUCGCCCCUACGCGGCGCCGAGGCGGAAAGGAAGAGCCACAGAGCGGCGAGGGCGGACGAGGUGCGAGGGCAAGUUGACGAGGAAUCGAAGGAACGUCCGAAGGAGGAGGUCGGGACGCCCCCCCGGGCCCAGGAGGCUCUGGGCCCGGCCCCCGGCGAGGAGCCGCAAAUGGGUGCCGAGGCGUUGCUCUGCCACGAAGUUGACCUGGACGACCCCGACGACAAGGACAAGCCCGCCCCUUCCACGGAGCCACUCCUCCUCAUCGUCAGGGAGCGCCCGCCCCGACCCCCGUCGCCCCGCCGUCCCCUCCUCCCCGUCCUUCCCGACGCCGUCUCUUGCCACGCUCCCUGUCCCGAGGAGCUCCGCUCGGCCGGCCGCGACCUCGGGAUGGAGGAGGAGGUAGUGGCGGGCGGCGGAGAUGAGGAGGAGGAGGAGGAGGAGGAGGAGGAGGACGACGACGACGACGCCCGUUCCCGUCCGGACGUCGACGCGUCGCAGGAGGCCCGAGGUCAGAAGCGCCUGGCGGAGUGCCACACGAGCCCCUCCUCCAAGAAACACAAACGAAACCACAAGCGAGCCGGCGGGACUCCUAAGAACGGCACAGGUCACAGCAGCGACAGCGAGGACCAGACGCGUCUGUCGUCUUCGUCCAAGUCCAACAAGUCUCGCUGUCCUGCCGCCACGUCGCCGCAAGCCAAAGAAAAACACGGCGCCGCCUACAAGUGGACCUUCCAACUCGACGCUCUGGACAGCAUGUCGAGUAGCGAGAGGAUCUCCUUCCUGCAGGACAAGCUGCAGGAGAUCCGGAAGUACUACAUGAGCCUCAAGUCGGAGGUGGCGUCCAUCGACAGGCGCAGGAAGCGCCUAAAAAAGAAGGAGCGCGAAGGUAAGACACUCCCGCCGCGCGUGGGAGCGCCCGCUAAGUGCGUCGUGUCCUUCCCGUCAGCGUCCAACACCGCGGCGUCCACCUCGUCGGGUUCUUCGGACACGGCCAUGAGCCCGUCCUCGGCCUCGCCCGCUCAGAGCGCCGUGGCCGUGGAGUGCAGGUGAUGGCGCGCGCGACCCCCGACCCCUCGCGGGCCGACUGACGCUCGGAUGCGGCGGGGACGCGGCGCUCCGCAGAAAAAGACUGACUUCCUGUUUGACACUUCAGAGCACUUCGGCUUUUUUUUAAAUUUUUAUUUUACUUCCUCUGUCGUUCAUUUUUCUUUCCUGCUGGCCUGCACAUCCCUCCUUUUUACUUCCUGUCUUUCUUGCCGCCCUUUUCCUCUUCAUUUCUUUUCUCCCCGUUUGUCUUUCCUCACUUCAGUCCUUUUUACUUCCUGUUCAUGUUUGCUCACCCGGGUUCGUCUGAACUCUUCUUGGGGGUGCAAAGUUCAGCUACAGGGUCAGGGGGAGGAGUCAAAGCAGCUGCUUAUGCAAAUGAGUUCUUUGACAGAAAUAUUUGAAGUAAAAAAAAAUAUUUUUUUUUUUUUACUUUUCUAUGACAUGAAAGCUAUUUUGGUAAGAAAAAAAAGUUGAAUAAAUAAAGGUUUUGUUUUGUGUUGCAUUGCAGUGAGGAAAUGUAUUUAAAAAAAAAAAAAAAAAAAGAGGACUUUGGAAGUUUUCUUUCCAACAGGGCACAACACAUUUCUUCCUCAAGUCAACGUGAUGUCUUCAGACAUUUUGUGGCCCGCUUGCUUCUUCCCGUUUUGCUCGUGUACUUUUGUGUAAAUAAGAUGUGGGUGAAAAUGUAAAGAAUGAUUUAUAAUAUUUUUAAGAGAAGACUUUGUACGCUUCUGUCAGCUGCCAAGGAAACGCAAGCACCGGUUUCCAAUAAAGUUUUUUGAUAUUAA